UAAAUCAUGAUGAUGAUGAUGCUAAUAAUCACAAUCAGGGUUUAAAUCAAUCAACAGUCAAAAAAUCAUUUGAAUUUUUAUGUUGGCUUAUUGAUUAUCAUACAUUAAAUACAACAUUACUUCAUUAUUUUAUUAAAAAUAUUGUUGAUUUACAUGAUAAAUAUACAUUUUUAGCAGGGGCAAACACAGAAUUAUUACAAUUAAUCACAAAAUUAGCUAAAGUUGCAUGGUAUAAUAUAUCAGUUAUAUCAAUUCUAUGUGGAAUAAUAGUCGAAAGAUUAGAAACUCCAAUAAAUAAUGAUAUCGAUCCAUUAUCAACACUUUUAUUUGUUUUAACACAAACAUUAAUUGAUAUACGUCAAGGUCGUUCUAUAAAUCAACAUCAUGUACAAUUAUCAAAUGAUGAUAUUAUACAUCAAAAAUGUUUUUUAAAUACAAUUCAACAACUUCCUAUAUGUUGGUUAACAAUACUUCAUCAAGUUUUAGUUAAACGUCAAAAUGUUAAUAUAAUAUUAAUUAAUUUUAAACAAUUUUUAACAACAAUUAAUAUAAACAAUUCUACAUGUGCUUUAAAUUUAUUUAAUAUGACUGUAUGGAAAAUGAUGAAUGAAAUUAUGAAUAUAUGUUAUCAAUAUUUAACUAAUGAUCAAAAAGGUACAAGUGCAACAAAAACGAUUUAUGAAGAUUGUUUAAAUAUAUUUGAAGAUUUAGCAAAUAAAUUAUGUUGUUUACCACAUACAAUGGUAGCACAUUUAUUUGAUAUUAAACGUUUAGCAUCAAUAACGAGAACACCACUUCGUGAACAAAUGAUUAAACAAUCAUUUACAAAACUUUUAUGUCUUAUUCGACCAAAUAAUCCUGAAUGGUUAUUUGCAUUAAGAGAACUUAUUGAAUAUAUUAUUUUAAAUGGUAAUGAAUUAGUAACAACACGUAUUGAUGUAUUAACAACAGUAUUUGAUAAAUAUUUAUGGUUUAAAAUGACUGAUCAGGUGACAAAGAUGGGACAGAUUAUACUUGAAGCAUUGAAAAAUUUAAUUCAUAUUGAUUUAAAUUCUAUAAGUGAAGAUGAAUUUGUUAGUAAACAUGCACUUAUGAAACAAAAUGCAGUGAAAUCCAUAUUUGAACAAUUUUUAUCUGAUCAUGCAAUUGAUUCAAAUUUAGCGAAUGAUUGUUAUCAAAUACUUCAAAUGAUUUAUGAAGAAGAUUGUGUGCAUAUUUCAUCAAUUCAAUCAAUUCAUCGACCAUUAAUUGAAAUAAUACUUGAACAAAUGUAUUCACUUUUUGAAACAAAUCUAUCAUAUACACGUUUAACAUCAUUUAAUCAUUGUUCAUUUAUAUUAAAUUUCUUUCUAAAACAAUGUUCUGCAAAUUAUUCGAAAAUGGUAUCUUGUAUACAAACGAAAAUACGCCUUCUUAUUUGGCAAUUAUUAUUUAAUAUUCGUAUACGUUCGUCAGAUUCAUGUAUUGGAAUGAUUUCAGUAAAAACAAAUCUUAUUGUCUAUGGCAUAUAUCGACUUGACACUGAACAUAAAUCAAUUGAGAAUGAAAAUUUACUUGAUCUUAAAGGUUAUUUAACAAAUGUUGUCGAUUGGUUAAAACUAGAAUCGCCAGAAGUUAUUAAUGUUAUAUUAGGAUAUUUAUACAAUUUUCUUAAAGAACAAUCUAUUGUUCAAUUAAGUAAUAUUGAUAUUGAACAAUUAAUACCAUUAUUGAUUGACAUGUUUCAUAAUGAUUUAUUAAAUAAAACAACUUCAUCACUGUCAUUAAAUUGUUUAAUUAUUUGUACUUGUUAUCAAGAUCAUAUCUCACAAAUGAAUCAAAUAAUUGAUUGUUUUAUUGAAGCAAUGAAUUCUUCUCAACCUUUAUUUAUUAUUAUAAGUAUUCAAGCUUUUAUUAUAUGUUUAUCAAAUCUUCCUGAUGAAAUUCAAUUAUAUAUUCCAAGAAUUCUUCGACAAUUAACAAAAACAAUUAAUUAUGAUAUUUAUACAUCACAAAUAAUUCUAGAAUUUUUAAUGUAUCUUUUAUUUGAAAAUUUUCAUGAUACAUCAUUAAUUUCACAUGUUUUUCAAAUAUUAAUCGAUAUUAUUAAUCAAUAUCAAUAUCAAACAUCACAUAAUCUUAUAUUAUCUCAUACAUUACUUUGUUUCUAUUUUAAUCAAUUAUCAACCAAUGAACGACAAUUAUUUUCAUAUUUUAUUCUUCGAUCAUUACAACAAACAUCAAAUUCACGUGAUUAUGAUUCAGUUUUAAUUGAACGACCAACACGUUUACAACGUUCAGGUUCUUUAUCAUCACUAAAUGAUGAUUUACAUAAUAGUGAUAUUCUAAAACGUAAAAUGACUGUAUUGGAUUUACCACCUAUGUUAUCAUCAUCAUCCUCAACAACAUCAGCCACUACUGACGAUAAUAAUCCAUUAAAAAAAUUAAAUGAUGAAUUAAUACGUAUAACAAUAAGUUAUUUAAAUGAUCAUUUAUGUGAAUAUAUUCUUCCAAAUACAACUUUAAUAUUAUUACCACGUGAAGUACGUCGUCAUCAUAUAAAUAAUAGUUGGUUAGCCGAUGAAAAAAUUCUAUAUCAAAUACAAUCAUAUAAUUUCAAUCAACUAAAUAAAGCACACGAUUUUCUAGCUAAAUUAACAUCUGAUUUUGAUGAUACAAUGAAAAAUCGUCAUAGACGAUAUACAGAUGGAAAUAGACAAAAUAUUCGUAAAAAUAAAGAUUUACAAAGUUUAACAACAUGUCAAGAUGAUCUUCAUAUACGAUCAUUAGAAUUAGAUACAAAUCGAUCAUUAUUUAAUGAAAGAAAUUUAUGGAUUGCAGUUACUGUUCGUUCAUUUACAAGUACAAAAACAUAUUUAGCAAUAAAUUUAUCAGCAUCAACAGGAGUUGUUCAUGCAAAAAAUGAGCAACUUCAUUGGUUUGAAGGCAUUAAAUUAAGUGAUACAAGUGUUGAUAAAUUAACAUUAGUUAAUAAUAUUCCUAAUUAUUGGCUACAAGAACAAAAUAAUUAUUCAAUUAAUGAAUUAGCAUUAAAUAAUGAACUUGAAUCAAUUAUUCUUAAUAUUGAUCGAAAAGAUGAAGAAAAUAUGUUAAAUCGUCAUAAUGAAAAUUAUUAUCCUCAAACAGUUGAUCGUGUACCAUCUGAAGCUCGUAAAUCAAUUGAAUUAAUCGAUAAUGUUAAACCUGUGCGUAUUGCUAAAAUUGGCGUCAUAUAUAUUCAUCCUGGACAAGAAAUUACUGAACUAAAAAUUUUAUCAAAUAUUCAAACAUCAAAACGAUAUAAACAAUUUAUGUUAUCAAUAGCGAUAAUAAAAUCAAUAAAAGACUUAGAACAAGAUAAUUUUUAUCGUCCAUUAUUAGAUCCAAAUAAUUCAGAUAAUUGUGGUCAAUAUGCAUAUAUAUGGCAAAAUUCAAUUUAUCAAGUAUUAUUUCAUACAUCAACAAUGAUGCCAAAUACACGAUCUGAUCAUGAAUUUAAAAAGAAAUUAAUUGGAAAUAAUUAUGUUAUUAUUAUUUAUAAUGAAAGUGAUUAUUCAUUUGAUAUGAAAAUAUUAAAAAGCGGAGUAUGUCAGUAUAUUAUUGAAGUUUGUCCACAAAUUAAUUCAAAUUAUACUCGUGUUCUAUUGAAGAGACGAAUAAAUAGUAAUACAACACAAAAUUCUUCGACAAUGAAUCCAAUAGCAUUAACUGAUAUUGACUAUUUAAUAUCUGAUGAUCAUGUUGCAUCAUAUGUUCGUGUAUUAGCAUUAUGUUUAUGUCAAAAAGGUGAACUUGAAACUCGUCAACGAACAUCAUCUUCUUUACCAUUUGCUAUUUCACCAUGGCAAAAUCGUCUUCAAACAUUUCGAUUCUUACAUACUAGUUGUUGUCUUUCUUAUAAUAACCGACAAUAG